AUGUCUUUCUGGGCCGUCAGUCGCGGCCUGACGCCACCGUCGAAGGUGGCGCCCAUGCUGAACCCGAACCAGCGCCAGUUCCUGGAGGACGAGAUGCGGUACCGCGAGAAGUUGAAGCUGGUGGCGCGGGGGGACGCCAUGGACGAGGUGUACGUGCGCAAGCAGGAGACGGUGGACGAUCCGCUGGAGCUGGACAGGCACGACUCCUUCUACCAGACGACCAAGAGCCUGCUGGUGCUGUUCCAGAUCAUGGGCGUGAUGCCCAUCCACCGGAAUCCGCCGGUGAAGAACCUGCCGCGCACGGGCUACUCCUGGGGCUCCAAGCAGGUCAUGUGGGCCAUCUUCAUCUACAGCUGCCAGACGACGGUGGUGGUGCUGGUGCUGCGGGAGCGGGUGAAGAAGUUCGUCACCAGCCCGGACAAGCGCUUCGACGAGGCCAUCUACAACGUGAUCUUCAUCAGCCUGCUGUUCACGAACUUCCUGCUGCCGGUCGCCAGCUGGCGGCACGGGCCCCAGGUGGCCAUCUUCAAGAACAUGUGGACCAACUACCAGUACAAGUUCUUCAAGACGACGGGCAGCCCGAUCGUGUUCCCGAACCUCUACCCGCUGACCUGGUCGCUGUGCAUCUUCUCCUGGGUCCUGAGCAUCGCCAUCAAUCUCUCGCAGUACUUCCUGCAGCCGGACUUCCGGCUGUGGUACACCUUCGCCUACUACCCCAUCAUCGCGAUGCUGAACUGCUUCUGCAGCCUGUGGUACAUCAACUGCAACGCCUUCGGCACCGCCAGCCGCGCCCUCUCGGACGCCCUGCAGACCACCAUUCGCGGCGAGAAGCCCGCCCAGAAGCUGACGGAGUACCGCCACCUGUGGGUGGACCUCAGCCACAUGAUGCAGCAGCUGGGGCGGGCCUACUCGAACAUGUACGGCAUGUACUGCCUCGUGAUCUUCUUCACCACGAUCAUCGCCACGUACGGCAGCAUCAGCGAGAUCAUGGACCACGGCGCCACCUACAAGGAGGUGGGCCUCUUCGUCAUCGUCUUCUACUGCAUGGGCCUGCUGUACAUCAUCUGCAACGAGGCCCACUACGCCUCCCGCAAGGUCGGCCUCGACUUCCAGACCAAGCUGCUCAACAUCAACCUCACGUCCGUGGACGCGGCCACCCAGAAGGAGGUCGAGAUGCUCCUGGUGGCCAUCAACAAGAACCCGCCCAUCAUGAACCUCGACGGCUAUGCGAACAUCAACCGCGAGCUCAUCACCACCAACAUUUCCUUCAUGGCCACGUAUCUGGUGGUGCUCCUCCAGUUCAAGAUCACCGAGCAGAGACGCACUAAUUCGCAGGCCGCCUAGAUCUUAGCCAGCAAAUACUUUUA